AUGGCUUCCUCUUCUGCAACUUUUGUUGGUUCUACUGCUUCUGAUUUUCUCAGGAGUUCACCUACUGGUUUUGCUGGUUCUACUGCUUCUGAUUUUCUCAGGAGUUCACCUACUGGUUUUGCUGGUGUCCCUUUGAGAUCCUUGGGAAGGGCAGGGUUGGUUUUGAAAAGAAGGGAUUUAUCUGUUAGUGUUACUGCUAAGUUGAGGAAGGUGAAGAGGCGUCAAUAUCCAUGGGCUAAUAACCCUGAUCCCAAUAUGAAAGGUGGGUGGUUGCGUCAUCUCUCACCAUUCCAGCCACUCAAAGAGGAGCCAAAGCCUGUUAUUUUGGAGUUUGAAAAGACUCUUGUUGAUCUGGAAAAGAAGAUCAAUGAUAUUCGGAAGAUGGCAGAAGAAGUUGAUGUGGAUUUCAGUGAUCAGAUUCGCGCAUUGGAGAUUAAGUACCAAAAGACUGUGGAGAAUCUAUAUACAAAUCUAACUCCUAUACAGCGGGUCAACAUUGCACGACAUCCUAACAGGCCUACUUUCCUUGAUCACAUGUAUAACAUAACUGAAAAGUUUAUAGAACUCCAUGGUGAUCGUGCAGGAUACGAUGAUCCUGCUAUUGUCACUGGUCUAGGGAGUAUAGAUGGUAAAACCUACAUGUUCAUCGGCCAACAAAAGGGUAGAGAUACUAAAGAAAAUAUUCAGCGUAACUUUGCGAUGCCAACUCCACACGGUUAUAGGAAAGCUCUGCGCUUGAUGGAAUAUGCAGAACAUCAUGGGUUCCCGAUAGUUACUUUCAUUGACACCCCUGGGGCAUUUGCUGACCUCAAAUGCGAGCAACUUGGUCAAGGUGAAGCAAUUGCUCAUAAUUUGAGAUCCAUGUUUGGUCUGAAGGUGCCAGUUCUUUCUAUAGUUAUUGGGGAAGGUGGAUCUGGCGGUGCCCUUGCCAUUGGAUGUGCUAAUAAAAUACUCAUGCUUGAAAAUGCAGUGUUCUUUGUUGCCAGUCCAGAGGCAUGUGGUGCAAUCUUGUGGAAGAGUAAUAAAGCUGCUCCAAAGGCUGCUCAGAGACUGAAGAUUACAGCAUCUGCAUUGUGCGAAUUGGGAAUUGCAGAUGGCAUUAUACCGGAGCCCCUCCGUGGUGCACAUACUGAUCCAACUUGGACCUCUCAGCAGAUUAAAAAGGCAAUCACUGAAACUAUCGAUGAACUCUCCAAGUUGAGCACAGAAGACCUAUUAAAAGAUCGCAUGCUUAAGUUCCGAAAACUCGGUGGGUUCCAGGAAGGAAUUCCUUUAGAUCCCAAAAAGAAGUUGAAUACGAAAAAGAGGGAUAUACCUGGUUCGCCAAAGGAGAUUCCUGGUUCUCAAAUAACGGAUGAAAUUGAGGAACUGAAGAAAUAUAUCUUAGAAGAUAAGGACUACUCUUCUUUGCCAAAGGAAAUUUCGGUUGAAAUUGAGAAAUUGAAGAAAAAAAUUUUGGAAGGUAAGGACUCCUCUUCUGUGCCAAAGAAGAUUGGUUCUCGAAUAGCAUCUGAAAUUGCGAAACUGAAGAAAAAUAUUUUGGGAGGUAAGGACUCCUCUUCUGCGCCAAAGAAGAUUCCUGCUUCUCAAAAAGUGGUUGAAAUUGAGAAACUGGAGAAAAAUAUUUUGGAAGGUAAGGACUCCUCUUCUGCUCCAAAGAAGAUUCCUGGUUCUCAAAUAGCGGUUGAAAUUGCGAAACUGAAGAAAAAUAUUUUGGAAGGUAAGGACUCCUCUUUUGCGCCUUCAGAACUCAAUCUGGACAAGACAAUAAAGACUCUGGAAAGGGAGGUUGGUAAAGAAUUCUCUGGGGCCGUUAAAGCCGUGGGCUUAACAAAAAUGUAUAUGAAACUACGGGGUGAAAUUUCAAAAGCAAAGGCAGAUAACCAACCUUUGACUCCAUUGCUGAAGGACAAGAUAAAAAAGUUUUACGCAAGUUUUAACCAAAGGUUAUCAGCGGCUCCUAAUUCCGGAAAGCUGCUGAAGAAGCGAGGCUUGUUGAUAGAAGUGACUAAAGUCAAGGUUUUGUCGGAUAAAAAGAAGAAGGCUGCAGCACGUAAGCAAGAACUAAAGAAAAAGAGAGAAGAGACUAGCGUCAAGCUUUUGUCGGAUAAAAACAAGGAGGCUGCAACACUUAAGCAAGAAGUAAAGAAAAAGUUUGAUGAAGUCAUGGCUAUUCCUAGAAUAAAGGAAAACUAUGAAGCAUUACAGUCUGAAAUCCAGCGCGUUGGCGCAUCCUCGGGAAGUGAUUUGGACGAUGAACUGAAGAAGAAAAUCAUUGAGUUCAAUAAGGAGGUAGACUUGCAGCUGGUUAAAGCUAUGAAGUCGAUAGGGUUAGAUGUUGAGGUUGUGAAACCAUUAGAUGUUGAGGUUGUGAAACCAGAAAUUGGCUGGAACAAGUCUUCAGUGGCAGAGAUAGAAGAACUAAACAAAGAUGUACAAAAGAAAAUUGAAAGUGUGGCAAACUCGUCAUCGGAUGUUAAGAGACUGAUAGAGCAAUUGAAACAGGAGGUUGCCAAGUCUGGAGGGAAACUGGAUUCUGAAUCGAAGAGUAGAAUUGAUGCUUUGGUGCAACAGAUUAAGGAGAGCCUUGCUGAGGCUGUUGACUCGCCUAGCCUGAAAGAGAAGUAUGAAAACCUGAUUCUUCCAGCAGGAAACACUCCCACUGAUCCCACCGAUGACAAUUUAAGAGAGAAAGUUGGUGCAAAUCGCAACUUCUCUUAA